GGGAAGGGAGGAGACGACAGAGAGGAGGGAGGGAGGAAGGAGACGAGAGGGAAGGGAGGAAGGAGGGAGGGAGGGCGAGGGGCGGGGCGCGCCGUCCUCAGGGCCAUGGAGGACCCGAUGGAGAGCCUGCAGAAGGAGGCCACCUGCUCCAUCUGCCUGGAGUACUUCCGCGAGCCGGUCUCCAUCCCGUGCGGGCACAGCUUCUGCCGGGGCUGCAUCGCGCAGUGCUGGAAGGAGCGCAGCCUCAGCUUCCCGUGCCCGCAGUGCCGGGAGGUGGCCCUGCAGAGGAACUUCAGGCCCAACCGCGAGCUGGGCAACGUGGUGGAGAUCACCAAGCGCCUCGGCCUCCACGCCUUGGACGCCGCCGCCGCCGCCGCCUCGGGAGGAGAAGGAUCCGGGCGGCGGGAGCGGGAAGGGGCCCGGCUGUGCGAGCGGCACCGGGAGGCGCUGAAGCUCUUCUGCGGCGAGGAGGAGACGCUCAUCUGCUGCAUCUGCAGGGAGUCCCGCGCCCACCGCAGCCACGCCGUCUUCCCCGCCGAGGAGGCCGCCCAGGACUAUAAGAAAGAAAUCCAGACCCGGCUGCAGAGUUUGAAGGAGGAGAGGGAGACUCUCUUGGGAUUAAAUUUGGCUGGAGAACUUACACACCAGGAAUAUCUGAACCAAACAGAAGUCGAGAGACAGAAAGCUAUGUCUGAAUUUGGGCAAAUGCGUCUCUUUCUGGAACAGCAAGAAAAGCUCCUUCUGUCUCAGCUGAACGAACUGGAGAGGGAAAUUGUUAAGCGCCAGAAGGAACACAGCUCCAAGUUUUCCGAGGAAAUUUUCUCUCUCAAUGCAAUGAUCAAUGAAGUAGAAGAGAAGUGUGAGCAGCCGGAUAGCGAAUUCCUUCAGGAUAUCAGAAGCACACUGUGCAGGUUUGAUAGGGACCCAUUUCAACCACCUAAGGAAAUGCCAUGCAAAAUCGAAAAGAGAUUAAGUGAAUUCUCUGAAAAGAACAACGCGCUCACAGAAAUCGUGAAGAACCUCAAAGAUACUCUGCCAUCAGAACUGGGAACAGAAUGGGUCAACGUCACCCUUGACACAGACACAGCAAACCCUCAAGUCAUCAUCUCCGAGGAUCGGAAAAGUGCCAGGUGGGACGUCACCAGGACGGAGCUGCCGCACAACCCGAAGCGCUUCAAGUCCUCCUGCUGUGUGCUGGGCUGUGAAUGGUUUGAUUCUGGGAGGCAUUACUGGGAGGUCAACGUGGAGGAUGGAGGCAUCUGGGCUGUCGGUGUGGCCCGGGGCUCUGUGAGGAGGAAGACCGAGUUGAAGCUCACUCCCGAGGAAGGGAUUUGGGCCCUGCAGGGCGACUUUGGCCAAUACCAAGCCCUCACUAACCCCGUGACCCCUCUGCCCCUCAGCUCCACCCCCCGAAGGAUCCGGGUUUCCCUGGACUACGAAAGGGGCCAGGUGGAAUUUUUCAAUGCUGAGACCAAGGACUCCAUCUUCCUUUUCCCCUCAGCUUCAUUCUCUGGGGAGAGUGUGUACCCCUUUUUUAAAGUCUUGCUUGCCCAGUUGACCCUGGAUGGCUAAAGGGCUACCUUCACAAGAUCAGACCUUCAUCUCAGCAUAUCUGGCCAUUCCGGGUGGGGGGAUUAUGGAAGCUGUGUUCCAAAAAAGUAACUUUUCCAAGCUGUGCUGGAAAAUCACUCAAGGCAGAUUAGUCUCCCUUUAAGUUCUCUUUAAGGUACAAGAGAUGCCAGCUUUUUAUUGCAUGCUGAAAGUAAAUCUGUGAGCACAGAAGCAUGAUGCAGAAAUAUUCAAGGAUUUUUUUUGGUAAUGAAAUUCAAGAUAAUUCACUUAUGUGCUUGUGGGCGGUGCCAAAAUGAUCCUGUGACUAAAUGGACCUGGACCAUUUGGUUUCGUCCAAUACCACUUCAUGCAAAAUAGGGCCUGCCUUGUUAGAUCACUCAACUCAGCUUCAGUUCUGAUCUAGAAGCCAGGUUUGUAGCCAAGUCCUUACAUUUCGCCAGCCAAGGAUGAGCAUCAUCAUCACCAAAGGUAGUUUAUGUAGAGCUGACAUGCUUUAUUUUUCACCUACUGGUGUCUUAAAACUUUUUUCUUCUUUUAUAGUGAUGAAUACUGUCAUUGUCUUAAUGUUGUUUGUGUUUUUUUAAUGCUGUUUAGUCACAGUGUCUCAGUGGGUUGAGAGGUGAAUAAAAAUAGUAAGGUCAAAUCACAUGGUAAAGACAAGCUGCUUAAGAAGGUAAGAGCUAUGUCAGAUCAGAUUUCUGGCCUAAAUUUCUGUUCCCACAGUAGCCAAACUAUUGGUAUAGUCCAUAAGCAAGACUUGAAAGCAACGGCACUUUCCUGCUCCACAGUAACUGAUAUAGGAAAUAUACUAUGUCUGGAGGAACUAGCUACUGAUACAGUUUCCUCAUCUGUGAAUAUUUCCAAUCCCCUUUUGGGCUGUCCCAACUGGUCAGCAACCACUGAAAUUUGUGGUAGCCACUUUUACAGGCGGCUUAGAGUGCAUCUACACAGUGGAAUUAAUGCAGAUCGACACUAUUUUAGUUGUGAUGACUCAGUGCUGUGGAAUCCUGAAAAUUAGUUUAGCAAGGCAUCGCCACUUUUUGGCAGAGAAAGCUCAAGGUCUUGUAAAACUAUGAUGAGUCAUCACAACUAAAGUGGUGUCAAUCUGCAUUGAUUCCACCAUGUAGAUACACCCAUGGUGUAUGGAAGUACUUCUUAGUUGGCCCUGUCCUGAAAAUUCUGUUUUUCAGCUUCAGGGGAUAACCUUCCCUUAUAUAAUAGUACACUUCUGCUAUAUUGCCUAUAAUUACCCUCCUUUUCCAAGCCGAGCAACCUCAAACAUUGUAAUUUUUCAGUCUGACAGACUUGUUCAAGUACUUGAUGUCGUGUUUUCCCCUGACUUUCUGCCCUGUUUAGAUGUCAGUUGACAUGUGACAAAUGUUGAAUAAUUAAUCAGAGGAAUCCUGCUUUCUGUGCACAACCAUUUAUUGUAGUUAUGGUGGGAUGUCUUCAGGAGCCAAUUUUGUUGUCGUAUUGAAGUGUAGAAUAGCUUCUGUGUCAAUGUGAAGGUUGACUUUUCAUGUGAGAUGGAUGUGAGAAGUAUAAGCACUUUGGACAUAAAUAAAGUAACCAGAUGUGGUUCA